AUGCUGAAACUGUCCAUAAUGGCUGGAAAAACAGACUCCCCUCUCACGAACCACGGCAUCCUUCAAAUCCAGCAUCUCGCAACCCAUUUCCGCGCGGCUCAGAUACGCUUUACGCAUGUCUUUUCGUCCGAUCUACAGCGAGCCGUGGCUACUGCGGAGGGAAUAUGUGAAACACAGCAGCGUGUGGACCAGGCGCCUCAAAUGAUUACGACAGCGCUACUGCAAGAGCGGGAUUUUGGGUCGUGGGAGGGUGUCACGUUUAAAAGACAUACUUCGUUGGAGACGACGCAUCGUGCAGGAGAAACAAUAACAGCAACGGGACCCGCAGAAACAGAACUGGCUAUGCGCGGACGCGUAAAUACGUUCUUGUUGCAGUAUUUUCUUCCCGCUCUUCGGGGUGCUGCUGCUGACGAUGACGAUGACUACCAGGCCAUCGCAAUCGUUGCGCAUGGGGUCAUCCUUCGUGUGCUAUGGACAUGUCUUGUUGAGGCCCUGUCUCCACUAGACGUACACUAUCGUUGCAGUAGCAGCACGCUUGAAAGUGCUGCUGCUGUUAACCCGCAUUGGAGCAAUACGGGGUAUAUGGAGUUAUCUAUUCGUCCUCGUGUCAAGGACACGAGCUCUUCUAGAGGAUCAAUAGCAGUCCUAUCUAUAAAUAACACCACGCAUCUGCGAGACUUGCGACGUACAGGCGGCGGGAUAGGUAGUUCAGCGCAUGAUGGCAGGCAGCGAAGUAUUGCGUCUUAUUUCACGGCUGCUAGACAAGCUGAAAAGUAG